AUGUUGUCUCCGUUGAAGCCGUCUGUGCCGUCGGCCUCGCUAUUGCGAUUCUUGCGAUCACAGUCAGAAGUCUCGAUCGGCUCAGCCUGCGCUCAACCCCGACCCCGACUUCAUUGCCAGGUGCAAUUUGCGACCGGGUCAUCUCGCAGAUCUUCAAGUUUGAUUCGCUCCAGUCAGUCGCAGUAUGCCUUGGUCCCUACAGGAGACUCUAUUGUCGGUACACACUCUAGACCGAAAGCCACAAGUCCACGAACAAUUUCGGAGCCCUUGAUCAUCUCUCGAAAUACCUCUACAACCCGCCGACCGCUUCUCCGGAGGCUCUUCGACCUCAAACGAAACAAAAAUGCCGAAUAUAAGAAUGCUCGCCCUGGUCCCGCGCUGAUCGAUGAUACCGCGGAGGGAAUGUUCAACAUUGGUCGUGGGCUUGCUGCGAGAGCUUCCAACGAGCUACGCAUUCGGUGCACUGAAUUCGAUAACAAUGGGAAUGUCACGCUCGUAAAUGGAGAGUUUCGGAAGCUGGAAUUAAUUGCAAAGUACGGCCUCCUUCCUCGAGACCUCCGCAAGAUCGAUUCCUCUACCCUGCCUCACAUCCUAGUCCGACCGAGGGCCAUUCUUAUCAAUCUGCUACAUCUGCGAGUACUGAUAAAGUCGGACCGCGUCCUAGUGUUCGACGCAUAUGGGUCAACAGACUCCUAUAUGCAAUCGCUGUUUAUCUAUGACCUGGAAGCGAAACUCCGUCAGAAAUCAUCGCAGGUGGCACAAGGCGGCCAAUCUCUUCCUUACGAACUCCGCGCGCUGGAAGCCGUUCUCAUCAGUGUUACAACGGGGUUGGAAGAAGAAUUCAAUGGUGUGAGAGACCCGGUUGUUCGGGUUCUCCGUGCGCUGGAAGAAGACAUCGACCGCGAUAAACUCCGACACCUGCUGGUCUACUCCAAGAAACUUGGCACCUUUGAGCAGAAGGCUCGACUGGUUCGAGAUGCCAUUGACGAUUUGCUUGAGGCCGAUGACGAUCUUGCUGCUAUGUACCUCACCGAGAGAUCGCAUGGCAAGGAGCGAGAAGAGGAUGACCACCAGGAGGUGGAGAUGCUGCUAGAAUCUUAUCACAAAGUUUGCGAUGAAAUUGUCCAGGCUAGCGGCAGUUUGGUGACUGGAAUUCGCAAUACAGAGGAAAUUGUCAAAGCAAUUCUCGACGCCAAUCGCAACUCACUCAUGCUUCUUGACCUCAAGUUCAGCAUAGGAACUCUCGGCCUUGCCGCAGGAACCCUCUUCUCUGCUCUUUACGGAAUGAAUUUGAAAAACUUCAUCGAGGAAGACGACUUCGGAUUCGGUGGCGUCUCAGCCGUCUGCUUUAUCCUCACUGGAAUUGUCUGUUAUUAUGGACUUGGAAGACUACGCAAGCUUCAGCGUGUGCGUAUGUGGGGAGAGGGUGGUGUGGGAACUGCCAGCUUGGCCCCACCGCUAUCACCAAGACGGACAAGCAUCCCUUCUACUCGCAGUAACUGGCGUGCUGAAUCUAUUGAGCCAGUCUGGGGCAGUCUACCAGGCGAAGCACGAUCCGAUCGAAUGAAAAGAUUUCGUCAGACUGCCGCCGCGAGCGCGGCUAGUGGUGCUGCCAGAACUCCUGGGGCCAAUAUCCCAAAUUCAUCGGCGGCGGCGUCUGCGGCUUUUGAGUCUGCAUUGAACUCCGAGGCGUCCAAGUCUAGCGGAGAAGACCAGCCCGAUGAGCCACAAGAAAAACAGGAUGGUACCGGUACAACCAAGUCCUCUUAG